UCCCGGAGCUGACCCAGAAAAGUAACUCCGGUGACAGUGACACGGACUAGAAACUCAUCUCGCUAGCCUCACAGUGCACUAAUUCGAUGAAAUACAUGUAUCUGGAGCAUCGCCUUUGGAAGUAAAGACGGAGAUCCAAUAACUCAAGAGAACUUCAGAGCAAGGAGAUUUUGCUGGGUGACAGAGAAGCCAUGGCAGACCACAUGAUGAUGCCCAUGUCCAACACCCCUGCAACGGCCCUCCACGGCUACAGGAUGGGGGGUAUGGGCGCCCCCCCUCAACACGCUGUGCCCCAGCCUGGCCUCCGCAACUUCCCCAAUGGCCAGGUCAUGCACUACGGCCGAGUGCCGCAGACCUCCAUGGAGGCCGCCAUGAGGCAGCGGCCCGGCUUGGGGAUGGUGGGGCCGGCUGGGAUGAACGGUCAGGUGAACAGCCAGGUCAACGGAGCUCAGAUGGGAGGACACCACCACCAGAUGAACCAGAUGAUGUAUAACCAACAACAACAGCAUCAACAACAACAGCAACAGCAACAACAGCAGCAGAACCACAUGCAGCAGCACCCCCAGGCUCAACCCCAGCACCCCCAGCAACAGUACCACCCCAGUGGGCUCACCUCCCAGCAGCUCAUGGCCUCCAUGCACCUCCAGAAACUCAACACCCAGUACCAUGGACAUCCACUGGGUCCGGUCCAGGGCCAUCACCUGGCCAACGGGGCCCAGUACAGAGUAGGGCCGGGCCAGCUGGCCAGCAUGCAGCACAUGAGUCAGGGUGGGCCAGGUAUGGUGCUGGGACAGAAUAUGGACAUAGACCUCAUAGAUGAGGAGGUUCUGACAGCGCUGGUGUUGGAGCUGGGUCUGGACCGGGUUCAGGAGCUCCCCGAACUGUUCCUGGGUCAGAACGAGUUUGACUUCAUCCCAGACUUUGUUUCUAUGAAACAGCAGCCGAGCACCGUGAGCUGCUGAGAGAUACACAACAGUCAGACAAAGAAAGACGCUGUAAAAACAGGCUGGCGCCCGGAGAAAGACUGAACCACAGACUAGACUAGCCACAGCAGCACAGACAAGAGGAGACAGACUAUAUCUCUGUUCUAUCUGUGUGAGUUUGGGCUAUCUGUCUGUGACCAUGUAUAGUAGGCCUACAGAACACACCGGCCUACCUGUGAAUAGUAGGCCUAGCUGUUUUUAAGAUGAAUUGUAAGGACAGAAAGAGAGGAGAGAAAACAAAAGCUUCCUCUGCAUCAGGCUGGCCAGCAUCAGUGUCGGUGAGAUCUGAGCUCAGUCAGCCCAGCCACAGGGUGGCACUCUCUCUGACGCAGUGGCCUCUUGUCUAUUCUGUACUGCCUACCGUCCUGCCUCUGUGCUGCCACCCAUGUCCUAGUGUCACUGUGUGUGCUGAGGCCUGUGGGAUGAUUGUAGACUCAUUCAGCAGGACGGGAAGACGAGACAGACAAGCUGAGACAAUACAAAGAAAGACUAUCUUGCUUCACCUGGGACUACUAGAUUUGAUCUAUGGCUUUUAGAAAUGUAUUUAUUUAUGAAUUCACCCCACCAAGUAGCUAGCGGACAUUUUACAAAUUGAGUUGUUAAAGAAGUUGGUUGUCUGAUUAUGAAUUAGGCUGUUGGGGGGGAAAGAGUUGUUCAAAAAGAUGCCUAACUAUAUUGUGUGUAUGUUGAAGGCUGGUUCUUCAAAACAGGCUUGGAGGAUUUCUUCCUCGUUACCUUAACAUUUCCUUUAGUAAGAGCCCGAGAGAGAGAAUGGGCCAAUGGGGUUAGGUUUUAUUGGGUGGUGGGGGUUAGUCUCUGACUGGUUGGGAGUUCACUGUGUUACCCUGGGGAUCAGGUUCCUCUCCAUGACAUCAUCUGAUGACAUCAUCAGAACAACUUUCUAUUUAUCAUUAGGCUGCAGUUACACAAAGCAACUUUCACGCAACUUUGGUAGCUUGCAACUGAGUUGCUUCUUGAUCGCUUCGUGAAACACCACCUGCAAUUAAUAAGCAACUCGGUUGUAUCCAGUUGCAACUUUUCAACUUUUUGCAACUAGUUGCAAGCAACAGCCAAUCAAAACAAAUGCUUUUGUCACAUGAUCCAUUCGAAGGUUCAGAACUCUGAGCCACUUGUCAUGUCAACAACACAUCUGUCAGUGCUGCGGGAACCGUGAUCAAGGUAGACAGAAGAGACAUUUGCCAAACGGGAGCUGUAUAAUUAAAUAUUGGCAUCAGGGCUAGUUAAGGUUUAUGUACAUGCUUUGGCAGUCAAUACAUGUAAUUUUUUAAGUGAACCCAGACCUCUCUGACCAAUUUCAACUGAUAUUGUUCAGCAUGAACUGCACUAGCUCUCUAGUUAGCUUAGUUUGUUGCUAGCUUCGUUAGCUCAUUGCUAGCUAGCUUGAUAAAACAGUGCUGGCAAUUUCAUUUAGGCUAAAUCGAUCCUUAUACAAUAAGCAAAUGUUUGGAUAAACAAAUAAUUUGUGAAAUCACGAUGUAAUGCAGCAGAUGACAUUGGGUGAGUUUAGAAUUCUCCAAGCAUAUGGAAUGAUAUGACAAAACAAAAGCAGCUUCAAUUUGAUUGGCUGUUGCAUACAAUUUCAAUUGUGUUUGAGUUGCUUCCUGUAUCAGCCAAGUUGCUUGAAAUGAUGUCACUUGCAACCUGCAACUGCAAAUAAAGUUGUAUGAAAGUUG